UGACAAGAACAUACGGCUGACUUCUGUAGCCAGUGCAUGCCAACUGUGCUGAAUUUGCACCUUCACACGGAUCUCUAUGAGAUCGUACAAGAGGAUUCAAGUCGUGGGCAAAGGCAGCUUUGGCUGCUGUUGGUUGGCCCGUGGUGAGAACGGCGACCGAUGCAUCUUGAAGCAGAUAGAUGUCUCAAAGAUGCCAGAGAAACAGCGCUUGGAAGCCGCAAAUGAGGUCAAGGUGUUGAGCAAGCUGCGCCACCCUUUCAUCAUCAACUAUCGCGAGUCGUAUGUUGAUUCUGGCCUGCUGUGCAUCGUCAUGGACUUUGCUGAGCGGGGCGACCUGUACCGCAUGAUUGGAAAGCAAAGGGCGGCUGAAUGCUUGUUUGCGGAGAGCUUGGUUCUGAGAUGGUUCACUCAGAUUGCAUUGGCUUUGAAACACAUUCACGAUCGCCACAUCCUCCACCGAGACUUGAAGACUCAGAACAUAUUUCUGGCAGGAUCUGACCCAGGAAUGGUCAAAGUCGGAGAUUUCGGCAUUGCACGUGUGCUGCGGCACACCCAAGAUUGUGCGAGAACUGCCAUUGGAACCCCCUUCUACUUGUCACCAGAAAUAUGCCAAGAGAAGCCGUACAGCUACAAGUCCGAUGUUUGGUCGCUGGGUUGUGUCUUAUACGAGAUGGCAACUCUUCGACACGCCUUUGACGCGGAAUCUAUGCGUGGCCUCGUGCUGAAGAUACUUCGAGGUGUACCACCGCAAGUUCCGACCGUGUUUUCCAGGGAGUUUCGCAACCUCAUACCAGAGAUGCUGACAAAAGACCCACAGUGCAGGCCCGCGGUUCAUGACGUAUUGCAACGGCCUCUGGUGCGAACCAUGAUUCGGCAGUUGCUGUUGGAGCUUGAGAAGCAAGGACCUGUGAUCAGCAGACAAAGAAGUGCCUCUCCAAAGGCGUCUCCAGCCCUGGAAGCUCGCAAUCGCUGCUCGAGGAUGUCAGCACUUCAGCCGAAGCGGUCUCUCAAAGAGAGGCAAAGCAGUCCUGACGUACGCCCAAUCAGACCACGCUCAGAGUCACGGGACAGCAGCCGGUCGAAUGGCCGGACACCCUCGCCCACUCCUGCAGCACUUCGUCAAAGUGCAGGAAGUUCGGUGAAAGCUCGCAAGGACCGGUGUGCGCCGGACCAGAAAGGUGAUCUUCCAGAAAGAAAGUCUGUGAGCAGAUUUCGGCAAGACUUGGGAUGCGGCAGCUUUGCCCAAGAACCUCAGCAGAACUGCUCGCAGCACGCGGAGGAUGGUGCUUCCAAAGCGGCUGCACGACAGGACUUGAUUCGCACACUGGAAGAGGGGCUUGUGUUGAAGCAGGUCAGCGAUGUGAAGGAAGUGGAUCAUGACGAAGGCUUAUGCCAUCCACGCUUCUUGCACCCAGAUGGCGAUGAAAUCAAAUUGCCGGUUGGUGCGGCGGACUCACUAUCAUACCGGAUUGAGGCUCUCAGGCUGUACCUGGAGAAGGAGUUGGGCCUGAAGGACUUCCUGCUGGCAUAUCGGUGCCUUCAGAGCGCUGCGAAGGAUGUCUUGAAGGAACCACACCGCGCCCAAGAUCUGGACUCCAUCCUCUCCAGCAAGGCGAUCGGCUUUCUGCCACUGGUCACUCAGCUCAUCGUAUGCGAGGAUGAGUUCUACUGAGAGGCAUUCGGGAAAUGCAGAGUAGUUGCUGGCUUUGGUGGGGCUGGCAGCCGGCACGUUGAUGUGAGCGGCGCCCAAAAUUCCUCUUGGC